GUAUGAAGUUGCUAAUGCAAAGUGUGAGAAAGUAGCAUUUCUUCAGAAUUGAGCCCAAUUCCCUAGUGCCAUAAAUUCAGAAAACCCAUAAAUGGCAAUGCAGCACACUUUGGCAUUUGUAGAUAGAUACUUUAACAUAAUUUUCACAAAGCUCUUUUAAGUGCAUUAUCUGCCGCGCCAGCAAACAUGGCAAUUACAGUUAGCCUUGCAGACUUUGACUCGGUUGUUACAUGAGGGUAUGAUGGAUGAAAUAAUAAAGAACAAUAUAAUUUUUUGUUUGUUUACUUUUGAGUAUGUGAUAGCUUUUAAUAUAUCUAAAGUCCCCGUUUUCUUGGCUGGGUGUAUCUCUGCCUUUGCAUUAAAAUUUGUAGAUUACGCCUGAGAGCUCGGGCUCCUGCUUACAUUUUCCUGUAGGUCGUACCUGAGUUGACAAGCAGGAUAAAAUCUAAGGGGUGUUGUGAAGAGAAAGCUUACCUUUUAUUGAACAUCACUGGUAAGGUGAAGAUCAUGAAACCUUACAGAACUGAACCUGUGGAUGAGGACUAAUACAAGGACAUUGUAUUCAAGGACAUAUGGCAUUCAUAGCACAGAAUGGAGAAUGAUGUAUUUUGGAGUUCUGCACCCUGAUUUGAUAUAGAAUUAACAUAAGCUGAAAAAAAUAAACUCACUUCUCUUGUAGUUGGGCUCUGUGCUUCCUAGAAGAUGGGGUGUUAUGGCGAGGAUGGGAUUGAGUUGCCUGCAGGGGCUUGGCGUGGCUUCUGUGCCUGCUCUGUGUCUUGUGGCUGGGGGCACCCGGGAGCCAGGAAGCCCGUGGUGCGGAGGGAGCCAAGGGAGAUGCAGCCUCUGCCGCUGCCUCCCUCUCAGCGAACCUUGCUUUUUCUGUCAGCUUCCACUGGUGAGCCACUCCCAGCCCUCUGCUCUCUGAAAAAAUACAAGUUAUAUGUAUCUGGUGGGUCCUGGCUGUAGAAGGAUUCCUGGGUUGCAGUUUAUAUCAUCAUGGGACUUGGCAGUUGCAGACUGAAGAGCUGCUCAGUAACGAACACUUCAAGAAUGAGUCCACCACAAGAUAGAAGUAGAAAUUCCUGCAGCAGUGAGCCUCUGGCAAAGUGCCUUCAAGCAAAGAAGGACUUGGAAACAGCUAUCUCUGGAAUUGUCAAAGCUGAACAACAGAUUAAAGAGAACUGGCGGGAGGUAAAGGCCAAGAUUCACAGCCACAUAAGCCGCCACCUGGAAUGCCUGCGCAGUCGUGAAGUUUGGCUGUUUGAGCAGGUCGAUCUCAUUCAGCAGCUGAAAGAGGAGGCGUUGCAGCAGCAGGCGCAGCAGCUUUAUUGGUAUUUGGGACAAUUCAAUUGCCUUAUUCAUCAGCUGGAACGCUCCUACAGUAACGAGCUAGCAAACCAGAUUUCAGUUUGCCUGGAGAGACUGGGAAGUCUUACUCUUAAACCAGAGGAGUCUUCCAUCCUGAAUUUUGAGGCUGACACUUCUUACCUUCGCCAGGCUAUUACCUCAUUUGGUUCAAUUAAAACAAUGCAAACCUCAGAGAGAGAGAAUACUCCUCCCUGGUUUCCAGGGCAGAAUUGUGCCCUAAUGAACUGUGAGCAGCAGAAAACAUUGUGUGGGACAGUGAGCGCCUCACUUGCUGACUGGUUACUUGGAAGCAGACCGGUGGGUGUUUGCCAGGCUCCGUAUGUUCCCAGCACCAACCUUGAAGACUGGGUUACGCAAAAAUGUGUGUCAGAGCCCAGCCAGGAUUUCAAUUCUUCCAAAGUCUGUUAUUUUGAGCAAGCCUGGGGAAAUCUGAAAGAUCUGGAAAACUGGCUCCUGCAGAACCAACAGCGUGAUGUUGCUGGGAAGAUGGACUCCCCUGGCCGCAAGGACUCCACCUCUACUUUCGACUCGUCCUUUUCCACUAUUGAAAAAGUGGAGGAAUUGGAAUCCCUUGGACAAGAAGAGAUGGACCUUUCUGACUGGCUGCUUACUCCUGACACAGAAAAUGGAAGUAGUGCUUCAGAUGAGAAAUGGAAGUUUGAAUUCAAACCUUUUAGGGAAGAAUUUAAUUUGAAUGAUUGGCUCCUCAAAGCUGAAACCUGUACCAGUUGUCGUGGCAGCCAGAUCAAAAGCGUGGAAAUUGAGAACCUGGGAAAUCUGAAGUGCCUGAAUGAGCAUCUUGACGGAAAGAAAUCACCCACUACAUCUGCUGCAAAUGCUUGGCUGCUUCAGCAUCCCCAGGCCCCCUUUAAGGUGGAAGAUGUGUGCAAAGCUAACGAGCUGUGUGCCAGCUUCUCGGAGUGUGUGUGUGAUGAAAACUGUGGAAAAGAGGCUCUGUGUAAAUGGCUUCUGAAGAAAGAAGGGAAGGAUAAAAAUGGAGUUCCAGUCAGCCAGAAGGAUGUACCAAACCCUGAGCAAGAGAAGGCAAAGUCUGUGGCCAGUACCUGGCUUAACCCUGCACAGCAGCUCACAGGGGAACCCAUUAGUGCAGAGAAAGCAGAUUAUUCAGCAGAGAUCGCAGAACCCUUGAAAGUAUUGCUUGAAAGGCCCCUGACAAGCUGGCUAGCCAAGUCUGAGCAUAAAGCAGAAAGUGCAGAAGAAAAGGCGAGUAGGGAAAAAGCAGAUAAUAGUUUCAAGAGUCCUUUCCUAGACCUCUUGGCUCCAUUCCACCUCCCCUUGAAUGUAAACAGUUGGGUGUUGGCUUCAAACAACCCAGAAAAUGCUAACCCGCCUCCAGUGGAAGAUAAAUGGCUUCUACGCAAGAAAGCACAAGACUUUGGCCUUCCUACAGUCUGCGACCUUUUUGCCUGUAUGAAACUCAAUGGAGAUAAAGAAAAAUGGCUGUAUCGGACUCCCUUACAGAUGUGAAGAACUGGAAGUGUUGAAAUCAUCCCCUUCCUGCCGAUCAAUCACACAUCAACGCUGAGUGACUGCAGCCAGCUGAAUUCUUGUGUUUGUGUUUGGCCGUCUGCUUUUUCUUCUAAAAUUAUAACAAAGAUUACUCAUAUAACAGA